AAAGAAACCAGAAGCACGGGAGCUAGCAUAUCCGGAUAUCCUUCCUACUUCUCCUUUCUUUAGGAUGAGAAGUAUUUGGGAUAUUCUUCCUCCAUUUCCUCGACAACCCGUAACAAUAACGCACUAAAAACACUAUUCCUAACUCAAACUCUUUUGAUUUUUCAAGGAAUCUCUCACGGUUGGAUUUGGAAACCGAAUAUGGGUUGAGUGUUGUUGAUCUUUGGAGACCUCAUACCUCUUUUUUCAACUCAAUCCAAGCUUGCCGUACAACACUUCCGAGGAGGAGCACAACAACACUAUUCAUAGUUAACUUUUUGUAAUCCAAAGAUCUACGAAAAUCCAAAGCUUGGGGGAGGAUUCUAAACUAUGUUUGGGGGUCGCCUCACCUAGGCGACCCUCUAGGCAUCUUUUCACUUCCAUCCGAGGAGGCAACUAGGCAAGCUCCCGAAAAAGCUACUGCUAUUUUCCUUUCAGAACGAAGAGGCAGUACGCCAGAAGUAUCUGGUUUAGCAUCUGAGAUUCAAAAUCCAUACUUUGCAGUGAUUUUUCCUGAGAUUGGAGCAGAUGGUUGCCCACUGCUAAUUUCUAGUGAGGUCUGGCCUAAGACUCUUAUAUCUUGAAUUGAGUGACUUCAAUCCAAUCCUAGAUUCUACUCAUUUCAUAUAUGCUUGUUGUGAAAGUUUGUUGAGAGAUUUGACAUGGAUGACUGGAUAAGUUGGCUGCCUGAUGACAUUCUCAUUCCUAUAUUAUCUUUCCUGUCGCUGAAGGAUGCUGGGCGCACUAGUGUUAUUUCAUCUCGUUGGAAGAAUAUGUGGAAAAACACCUUCCACCUCAAUUUUGUCGAUGACAGUGCAUCGGACAAGAUUGUAAAAGAUCAAAGGCAACACAACAUGGAAAGGAGCAAGUAUGUAAGAUGGGUGAUCUCAGUCCUCAAAUCUUUACCGCACAACGGGGAGGUGACCUUGGAAGACUUUAGGAUCUGUUUUGAUGUAGGAAAAUCAUCCUCUGAGUCAAUUUCACAGUUUCUUAAAUUUGCUUUUGAGAGACAAAUUGAAAGGUUGGAGUUGGACCUUCUAGAAUUUGGCUGUCACAUGUCAUUGCCGGGGUAUGUCUAUGUCUUCCCAGAUAAAUUCUUGUUCCAAAAUCCAUGUGUCCUUCACCGACCUCAUCCUCCUAUUACUUGUACUACACUAUUUAACUUUAAAUCCCUCAAAUCAUUGUCUUUCAAGAAUGUUCAGGUGAGUGGUGAAACUAUUGAGUUUUUCUUACAUAAUUGCCCAUUCCUCGAGCAAUUAUUUCUCCACAGCAUAGAGAAAUUAUCAAAACUUGAAGUUUGCGGCUCAUCCCUUGUGUUAAAGCACUUGGAGCUAAGCUGCAUAUAUGAUAUCAUAUCCCUUGAGGUUUCUGCACCAAAUCUUAUUUCACUUUCAGUUGGGACAACAAACGGACUUGUGCUUAGGAAUGUUCCAAUGCUUGUUGAUAUACAUAUUUGUUGUGGGAAAGUUGAAAUUCCAUUGUUAGUUCCUGCACUGUUUUGCUGCCUUUCCCAAUUGAAGAUUCUUUCCCUGUGGCUGGAGAUCCAUCAGGAACGUCAUAUUGUGCUGCUCAACUUCCCUGACAUGCCUAAACUGAAGAAGUUCGUCCUAAGUUUUCAAGCAAACCGUGAUGAAAGUGUUUUUGAUUAGUGAAAUUUUAGCAUUGGCAUUACCAGAAGUGCCCCAAAUCAUUUUAGAAAGUUCAUAAACCAUAGAAUCGUGAGGCUUAUCAAAAGUAGGGACAUGAACUUUCUCAUAAAAGGUCAAAAAACUCUUUUUCAGCCUCCUAACCUUAUCGGUUAUCUGGGUCCUCUCAACAGAAUUAUUCAAUCUAUCUGUAAUGUAGUCAUAGAAGGUAAUUGUACAAACCCUAGCCCCUCCUUGGGCCUCGUAGUAAACAUUUUCUUGGAAAAUAGCAAUCUCAUAAUCUUCACUCCACCAAGGUCGUUUAGCCGCAUACUUCUUUAUUUUCUCUCCCAAAGAAGAAGAAGAAAAUAAAGAAGUUUGCGGCUAAACGACCUCGGUGGAGUGAAGAUGAUGAGAUUGCUAUUCUCAAAGAAAAGGUUUACUACGAGGCCCAAGGAGGGGCCAUGGUUUGUUCUAUUACCUUCUAUGACUUCAUUACAGAUAGAUUGAAUAUUUCUGUUAAGAGGACCCAGUUAACCGAUAAGGUUUGGAGGCUUAAAAAGAGUUUCUUGACCUUUUAUGAGAAAGUUCAUGUCCCUACUUUUGAUAAGCCUCACGAUUCUAUGGUUUAUGAACUUUCUAAAAAGAUUUGGGGCAUUUCUGGUAAUGCCAAUGCUAAAAUUUCAUUAAUCAGGAAAUUUUCUAACCUAGAAGAAUUUGUGUUAGAGAUAGUUUGGUUCCGGUAUCAUACAAGGACUGGUAGAGAAGUAACUAAGGUUACACAAUUUCCUCACCAACACCUUAAGGUGUUCAAGUAUUUAGGAUAUGAUGGCCACAGUAGUGAUUCUGACGUAGUAAUGUUCAUUUUGGAGAACUGUAUUGUGCUUCAAGAAAUCAAUAUCGAUCCCAUUUGUCCACCAUAUCCGUGGCAAGCAGCCCCAGGUAAGAGGGAAUUGGAAGCGGCACAAACUGUAAGGCGUUGUGCGAAGCAGCAAUUUUAGCCCAGAGUCUGAGCAUGUAAGAUUAAUUAUACAAUGAUAUAUACUAUCGUAUAUUUUAAUCAUUCUUAAUAAUCCAUAUGGAAGAUCGGAAGAGUUUGCUUUUGGCAUUUUAGUUGAUAUUAGGGGGCUAUCUGGUAAUUUUUAUAGCAUUAAGUUUUCUCACGUAAAGCGAUCGGUGAUCCUGACAGCACAUGACGAUGUGGCUAGGCUGGCUACUUCUAUGUCUGGUAGCUAUGUAUAGCAUCAUUUUCCUCAUGCUUUUGUAUUUCUUCUUCAUUGGACUAUGGUCUUGUUAAUCUAAGUUAGUUUGAUUUUUGUCAAUAAAAAAUCCGUUUGGAAUGUUAUUUG